AUGUCAGUCAACGCUUACGCCUCACCCAUUGCUCUCGGCGACUCGAAACGCGCGAACCCAGACAAACACUCCUUCUUGGAGCUACCAGGCGAAAUCCGCAAUCAGAUCUACGAUUACGUUGUCAAAUGUCCGACACCGCUUGAAGUAAAAUACUACGGAAUAGAGCCUUGGACUGGCGAUCUGGGUCUAUAUUUCAACGGCCAGUCACGCAUCCCGAUCAAUCUCUUCCUCUCCUGUCGAAAGAUGUACCAUGAGGCCGCUUCAUCUUUCUACGCCAACAAUACAUUUACCUUGAAACCGGAUAUCAGACGUUCAACAUACCACUCCUACGCUGAGAUAUCCAGCACCUUAAUCACUCGCUUAGGCACUCAAGCCCGAUGGCUCGCCAAGAUGGAACUUGAUGUGAGCUCCCUAGCAGAUUACCGAUAUCGCAGAUGUGACGAGGGGCUUGGCUUCGUAUUCAACGAUUGGACCGAGCUUUUCGAUGUUACUACCCUCCUUCGCGCUAUCUGGAGUCGAGACUCGCCGGUGCUUGUUUCUUUCACCAGGUCGCCGAAUCCCAGUACUUUUGAGUGUGGCGCUACGACCGUGGCUGCUAUCAUCCAGUCCAUCUGCCAGGGCCAACUUCAACUCCGUCGUUAUGGACAGCAGCUGCGCGCGGUUGCGCUGAAGCGAGAUGGAUCUGGCGGGAUACUCAACUGGGGGACUACUCCGGCUACACCUCAGCCAUGGCAAUGCCCAGGUCGUUUCCAAGCGAACCCUGAUUAUAUGAACGACUUCAUCGCUGAAGACAACGGUUCUCGGCUCAAGCUCAUCUCGCAACGUAGCGAACCCUUAACUUUGCUCACCCUCCCUGAUUCUAUCCAGGGCCGCAUCUUCAGCAUGGUCGUACAUCCCACCGAGGGUACACCCAUCGAUCUCGACCACGACACGAGAUUUAAAUGCGGUCUCGUCCAUGUUAGCAGACACUUCUACAGCACUUGGCGCGACAAGUUUCUCUUCGAGAACAAGUUUGUGUUAACUAUGACAACGAGGCAGAUACACACGACGUUCGACGACUUCAACAAUCUCCGGACUUUCCUCCGCAAGACAUACAUGCCCAAGUCGACCUACUCAAAUGGAGAGCCAGACACCAUCACCGCGAGGAUCGUCAAUCAGGAUAAGGUGCAUCGACAGCCCGGUCCAUCGUACGUUCUGAGAUUUGAACUCGACGGCGCAAUCUCACUGGCUGAUGUGCGUAUCAAUGCGUUACCACUCGUCAUGGAGACGUCGACUACUCAAGCAUCAAACACAGUCACAAUCCAAAUUUCUGCGACUUAA